GUAGGGCUUUCUGACUGAGUAUUAUUUUAGUAAGUGGAUCUAUUUAUGAAGACCGGCCGGCGCGGAGUUAAAGAUAGAGGUUAAACUGUUUAUUGAGCCGUACAAACGCCGGAAAUGUAAACAAACAUUCGUUUAUUCCCUGCGAUUCAACGCGUGUCCGUCCAUUAAGACGAUUCGCAAAUGCAUUAAAGGGGAUUGUAGUUGUAAUUCACAUUUUAGAAUACAAUGGUUAACGUAAGCAAUCGAUAUACGGUUACAUUCGAGUCACGGGCGCAGUACAUCAACACACAUGGCCUUGGAGGCAUGGCGUCGCGCGAGCUACUCGGUACACUCGCGUAGGGCUUAUCUUAGCGCGCCUUGCCGAUAUGCUUCACUUGAUCACUGACCGCCGCCGCCACCGCAGGCGCUGCCGGCAUCGUCGUACAUAUCGCGGAUUGUAUUGUUUACAUACGAGCGAAAUGCCGGCUAUUUAAAUAUACAACGUGAACAAACACUUUUUAUUCAAAUCUAAGCAGUAAAGUGAACGUGAUUCAAAAUGUGGUUCUUUGGAAUAUUGUUGGUGAUUUUGCUGUUUCUCGUCCUGUUAUUGGCUGUUUUUCAUUACACUUCCAAAGGAAGAAAGUAUUGGUAUUAUAAAAAUGUUGCCUACAGGGAACCUUGCCCGUUAUUCGGAAACUUUGGAGCAACGUUUACGAUGCGAAGAAGUUACACGAAAAUGUUGCAGUUCUUCUAUGAUAAUUAUAGAGACCAGAAAUAUGUUGGACUUUUUCAAGCUCGGAGACCAACCCUAAUGGUGAUUGACCUGGACAUUGCAAAAACUAUAUUCUCCAAAGAGUUCCAGUGCUUCAGUGACCGCGUGUCCGUGUCUACUGAUACACAGCGUGAGCCUCUCCUGCGUAACCUGGCGAAUAUGGGAGGCGCGGAGUGGAAGGCCAUGCGCCACAUAGUUACUCCCACCUUCUCAUCAGCUAAGAUGAAAGCCAUGUUCCCCUUAGUAGCCGAAUGUGCACAAACACUGAAAGUUAUUCUGCUGAAAGAAUGUGAGGAGAAUAUAAAUGUGCCUAGUAUGAUGACCAGGUUUACUACUGAUGUUAUCGGGAGUUGCGCAUUUGGAGUGGACCCGGGAGCGCUAAAAGAUUCCGAAUCACCAUUUCUGCAGAUGUCACAAAAAAUGUUUAAGAUUGAUCGCUCUACUUUAUUGAAACGGUAUUGUCGAACAUUCUUUCCCAGACUGUUUAAAUUAUUGAAUUUAAGAUCUUAUUCCUCUGAUGUGGAGACAUUUUUUACUUCUAUAAUCAAUCAAGUUUUGGCUGAGAGGCGAUCAGGUGUUCAAAGACAUGAUUUCCUCCAACUUAUGUUAAAUGAGCAGAAAACUGACUCCGGCUUCUUAAUGACAGAUGCUUUAAUCACCUCCAAUUCAUUCAUAUUUAUGUUAGCGGGGCUGGAGACAUCAGCAACUACUUUGUCAUUCUCUUUGUAUGAAUUAGCAAAGGACAAAGAUAUUCAAGAUAGUGUAAGAAAAGAGAUCAUAGAGUGUCAAGAAAGGCAUGGGGGUCUUAAUUAUGAUGCUGUGGUUGCAAUGCGCUCGGUGUAUCAAGUAGUGGCGGAGACGUUGCGGUUGCACCCGCCCACACCUAUGACUACGAGGCUUUGCACUUCUCCAUACAAACUCGACGAAGACCUUUCUUUAAAAGUCAGAGACCCUGUACUAAUACCGAUCCAUUGCAUUCAGCGAGACCCACUAUAUUUUCCAAACCCAGAUAAGUUUGAUCCGGACCGAUUUAAAGAUGAUUUAAAUCCACCGGGCUUUAUGGCUUACGGCGAAGGACCAAGGAGUUGUCCGGGUGCAAGAUUCGCCCAGCUGACUGUAGCGGCUGGACUAUCGGUGAUCUUAUCCACUUUCUCGGUGGAACCCUGCGAGAAAACUACUCCGACCAUCGAGUACGAUCCAAGAAGUGUCAUGCUGAAGAACAAAGGAGGAAUAUGGUUGAAGUUCGUGCCUAUCACUAACAUAGAUAAAUAGAUUAGAUCCUUCCUAAUUGAUGUUAUGUACCGAGAAGUGAUAAACACAUAGCUUCGGUGUUAGUCCUUAGUCAGCCAUUAAUCACAUUUUCAUGGCGUGAACAAUGUGAUCUAGGAAAAAGGGCGCUUCUGUAUAUGAAGCUAAUGAGAUAUUCACAAAUAGUUGAGGAAAAUCGAAUUGUAGAUACUUAUGUAGGCGAGUAUUGGUAUUAAAAACUAUAUGGAUGGGAAAGUAUUUGACCUUUUCGCCUUUGUACAAUGGAUAUAUUUUAUAUCUGUAUCAUACAAGAGGGCUGAAAGUUACAAUACGGAACACUAGCCACGCAAGCCGUGGCUCCCACCUGUCGGUUUUUUUUUAAAUACGGCAUUAUAAGACUUAAUUACUGUUUAAGUUUUUAAUUAGAACUCCUUUAUUGUAUGUAUAUUUUUCUAGCGUGUUAUUCAAUUGUAGAAAGAAUUCUCUUAUUUAUUCUAAUUUGUAUUUAGACUACUUAGCUCUAGUUUUAGACUUGUAGAUGUUCUGGUUCUGUCAUGUAUGAGUAAUAAUGUUCGUCUAAUGAGAAAUCACGUAGUUUACAUUUAUAUAUUGAAUACACAAUUAAUAAUAAUUAUCAUUGUCUUUCUCUUCGGCUGCGUGAUUCAUGCGGAUGUAGUUAUCGUAACUGUUGUUAUAUUUCUAUUGUUUUUAGGUUACGAACAUUCCUUAUGUAUUUAUGUAAUUCGUACCAAGUCACCUCUGAAAUGUAACGCAAAACAUAUUUGUAAUUUCAAAGUUAUCCUCCUAUUGUUUUAAUUUAAAUUGGGAACAUUUUGCGACUUGUGUACGAAUUGUUAAGUAAUAUUCAAGGUAACAAGAGCAAAAUUGUUAUUGAUUAUUUUUACGAAAGGAGUACUUUAUUUUUAUAGAUUUUAACCAAAAUUUACAAACACAUUGACACUAAUUACGUAGUGUCAAUGAUCAGUCAAAAAAGUUUGGGACUGUAGAUAGAAAAUUACGUUUCAAUUUAUAGUUGCGAACAUGUUUCGCAAUCAGCCAUAACGAUUAUCAUGAUGGACAUUUAUCAAUUGAUUCGAUCCGCCAUUUAAUUAUGGUGCGAACCGAACCAAACAGCCGAUGAUAUCAAUCAGCUGCUUCGCUAAACAACCGCUAAACGUGAACACUGAAGUUAAUGGAUCAUGUAAUUGCAUAAAUAUAGCCUGCGAACAUAGGGGGCCUUUUUAUUUCAACGGUUUUAUUUAACUUGCCCCAGUGUAUGUAAUUUAGUAACUGGGUAAUUUCCUUAAUAAAAAAUAAAUUAUUCCUGCUGUUCAAUACACAAUCACAUUUUCAUUAAUUGAU